AGUUUGCUGCGCCAGAAGGCUCAGGAGUCUGACUGCAGAGACUGGAGCUCUGGAGGCCGGAGCCUUGCCAUGCUGCUCGCUGCGAGGGUCACGAGCAGCUGACGUCACCACGGACUCGUGCCCCGUGUCUCUUCCCAGAAAGAAUGGACAAGCUUAACAAGAUAACUGUCCCAGCCAGUCAGAAGUUGAGGCAACUUCAAAAGAUGGUCAAUGAUAUUAAGAACAAUGAAGGUGGAAUCAUGAACAAAAUAAAAAAGUUGAAAGGCAAAGCACCUCCAAGAGUUCCUCGAAGAGACUAUGCAUUAGAGAGCCCUGCUGAUGAAGAACAGUGGUCAGACGACUUCGACAGCGACUACGAAAACCCGGACGAUCACUCAGACUCUGAGAUGUACGUGAUGCCCGCCGAGGAGCACGGGGACGACAGCUACGAGCCGCCGCCUGCGGAGCAGGAGCCGCGGACGGCGCACCCCGCGCUGCCCUUCCCCAGGGGCGAGUACGCAGACAACCGGUCAAGCCAGAGGCGGUCUCCACCCUUCAGCAAGAGCCUGCCCGCUAAGCCCAGCUGGCCCUCAGUGCAGGCACGCAUCUCCUCCACGCUGCCUGCCCCACGGGCGCUGCCCAAGCCGCAAGUGCCGCCCAAGCCCAGAGACCUUCACGAUGAGGCUGACUACGUGGUCCCCGUGGAUGAUAACGAUGAAAACUACAUUCAUCCCACAGAAAGCAGUUCGCUUCCAUCUGAAAAGGCGCCCAUGGUGAAUAGAUCAACCAAACCAAAUAGCUCCUCGAAGUUGGCUUCUUCUCCAUUGACAGCUUCAGGUCGAAACAGCGGGGUCUGGGAAUGCAAGUCACCUUCUUCACCUGCUGCGCCAUCCCCAUUGCCAAGGGCAGGGAAAAUAACAGCUACGUCGCUGAAGACAACUCCAGUUGCUCCUCAGCAAAAUGCAGCAAGUGUUUGUGAAGACAGGCCUAUACCUGCUGAACGCCACCGAGGGUCUAGUCACAGACAAGAAGGUGUACCGUCCCCAGUGUUUCCUCCUGCCCAAAAACAAAUCCAUCAGAAGCCCGUACCUCUGCCACGAUUUCCAGAAGGGGGAGGAAGCCCAACUGUGGACGGACUAUCCCCUAGUUUUUCACCUGUUUCCACUUUUUCAGAACAGGAAGCUGAGCUGUACUGCAAGCCGUGGUAUGCCGGCGCCUGUGACCGGAAGGCCGCCGAGGAGGCGCUGCACAGAUCCAGCAAGGAUGGAUCGUUUCUUAUUCGAAAAAGCUCUGGUCAUGAUUCCAAGCAGCCAUAUACACUAGUUGUAUUCUUCAAUAAGCGCGUAUAUAAUAUUCCUGUGCGAUUUAUUGAAGCAACAAAACAGUAUGCUUUGGGAAGAAAGAAAAAUGGUGAAGAGUAUUUCGGAAGUGUUGCAGAAAUCAUCAAGAACCAUCAGCACAGUCCCUUGGUUCUUAUUGACAGUCAGAAUAACACAAAAGAUUCCACAAGACUGAAAUAUGCUGUUAAUGUUUCAUAAAACAAAAAGAAUGUCACUAUAAUUGCUUGAGACAUUUUCUGUCUCCUCUUGAGAAAAGUUCCCAAACUUAUUUUGUAAUAUUAAUCAUUACUGAUAACAAAGAACAAGGAGGCAGCUAUUAAGGUGGUCAUCCAAUCCUUUCUAAGUUGCCCACAUGAACUUUAUUCAUUGCCUGACGUAUGAACUAAUAUCUGGAAAUGCUGAGCUCUCGUGGUACUAAUAUUCUCCAAAUAAAUGUAUUGAAAAUAAAUAGGUAUACAAUAUAUUCAUCAUGCAAGAAGAUAAUAAGAAC